CCGUGGAAGUUUUCGACUAUUCAAAACAUCUCUCUCUUCAAAAACGUGAGUCAGUCGUUUCUCUGACUCAUGCUCACGGCCAUGAUUUUCUUUUCCUACAAAAUCCGCACAACAAAGCCGGCAUCAAAUACAAGAUUGUGAACAUCUUCAGGUGGAUCUGCACUGCUUGAAUGUGCUUUUUGGAAGAAAACACAAUUUACAUUUGAUUCAGCUAUUCUACUGAGAGUAUUUUUUGCAGUUUAAACAGCUUUCAGCAGAAAAUGUGGAGCAAGUAUUUUUUGGAGUCUUACGCAAAAGACAACUUACCAUUAGGUUGAGGGAACCACCUCAUGAAGUGAGAAUAAAUAAUAAUGUGAAUUUUAUUCAGAGCUUUGGAAGUCUUGUGAAGUUUCUAAGCAAACCAGUAGGUCCAUCAGAAACUGUAAAAGAGUCAGGCAGUCAGAAACAGUGGGAAGAUUUCAAAAAUAAUAAACAGUUGGAAGAUUUCAAAAAUAUGCCUCAGAACCUGAAAGUGCUUAAGCUCCACCACAUUGAAAUGGAUUAUCUUCCAGAUGAAAUUGCAGGACUUCAGCAACUUACUCACCUUGAAGUUGUAAACAGCAACCUGGUUGAAAUUCCAGCAUUUGUUGGCACUCUUCCCUUGACAGUGUUAAACCUCUCACGCAACAGAUUAGGUAUUAAAAGUAAUUGGGACUUCCUUGCAAGUCCUCUUCUGAAAGAGAACUUAAGACUACUUGAUUUACAGAACAAUAAGAUUCAGACUGUGCCCAAUGAAGUAGUGAAACUUAAUGGACUUUGGGGCUUACAUUUGGAUUAUAAUCUUUUACUUUCCAUUCCAAAUGGUGUUUUGGAAAUGAGGAAUUUACGAGUUCUCUCAGUAUCCAACAACAGGAUGCGAAUAUUUCCGUACAAUCUUUUUCCUCAUGCCACUUUCUCCCUGAGUUUGUCAAACAAUCCAUUCAUUGCACAGUAUUUUGUGGUAUCGGAAACACCUCAGAAUCAAGAAGCACUAACUCUGAAAGAAUUAGCCAGCCGGGUUGUAAUUGACUACAGAGUGCCUGUAUCAUGGCGCACUCUACCAAAUUCUGUUGUGGAGUACUUGCAGAGGGCACGGAAGUGUGAUGUUUGCACUGGUGCAUAUUUUGAAAAUUUUAUUCCUUGCUGCUUCAUAUCAUAUUCCAGGAUUUAUGCUGAGAUUGUUCCAGAAAGAGAAUACUUAAAUAGUGUAACUGAUGUAAGAAAUGUGUGUUCAAGGAGGUGUAUGCACCCAGAGUUGAAGUUUUGUGAGGUACUCAAUCAUUUAACACCCGAUGAGUAUGAGAAUGUGGUGCGACAUAUCUGUUGAGCUAUAUUUACGGUUUCA